AUGCUUCCUUCAAAAAAUUACUUUUCUCUUUUUAAUUUAAACCAAUCAUACAACAUUGAUACAAACGCAUUAAAAACUGCUUACUACGAUCUUAACAGAAAGUAUCACCCUGAUAUUACAAAUAAUGAUCCAAAUUUGGUACAACAGCUAAAUAUGGCAUAUAAAACAUUAAAAGAUGAUUAUCUUAGAGCUAAAUAUCUUUAUAAUUCAGACGUUAAAGAUAGUUUGGACCAAAAAUUCUUAUUGGAGAUACUAGAAUUAGAGGAACAAAUUACUGACGCAACAGAACAAAACUUAUUUGAUUUAGAAAGUAAAAUAGAUUUAAAAAUACAAGAUUGUAAAGAAAAAUAUUUUGAUAGCGAAAGUUUGGCAAAAUGGGGCUAUUAUAGACGAUUAAAACGAAUGAUACAGAAAAAGAAAGCAUUUAACUUUAAAUAG